AUGUCCGAAGACAUGCUGAAAUGCCCCCCACACACGGCAAAUAUGUACAAUUGGGUUGAUAUCACACAAGAGUUUAAUGAAGCUGUUAAAGAACUUAAACUUGGUGAACUGCUUCAUGAUCAUCUUUUUGGCCUCUUUGAAGCCAUGUCUGCCAUUGAGAUGAUGGAUCCAAAAAUGGAUGCUGGAAUGUGCAAUAGAGAUUAUAAAUCCACAAAAACAUUUGAUGAAUUAGUUGAGUCUGGGUCUUUAAAAAUGGAUAAUUUGACUCCAGCCGAGUGUAUAGGUAUUAUUGAUUCAACAUUAGCUUGUUUAGUUUCAUGGCUGGAAGGCCAUUCCUUAGCACAAACUGUGUUCACAAAUUUAUAUUUUCAUCGACCUUAUAAAGUGCAAGAUAAAGUUAUGAGAGCUUUUUCAAUAUUUUUCUAUAAACUCAUAGAAAUAAUCAAAGAUUUUAUUAACGAAGCUUUAGUUUUCGAGGAAGAAGAUUUUCAGCCGCUUACUUAUGGAUACAAAUUAAAACCGGAUAUUUCAGAUUCUAGAGCUGUAGGCUUGUUAAAAGAAGUAGAAGAUGAUCUUCAAAAGAAGUUAAGGAAUAAACCAUCAGAAAAUAGUCAAAUCGAAAAACAAGAAGGAAUAUCUGCACUGCAUAUAAGAAUUAAAUUCUUUCGCCUUUUUUAUCAGGUUUUGCUUAGUUUUAAUAAAAAAGAAUCUUUGAAUUCAGGGGAAUCUCAAAAGCUACUGUCUAGCUGUUUAGACGCUUUAGGAAUUAUGCUUAAAACUGUAGACAAAGGAAUUCAGCCACAAGAGAACAAAGACCAUUUACAAAUGUUAGGAUUUGAUCCUUUAAUUAAUCAAAGACUUUUAUUACCAAGUUUUCCGCGGUAUACCAAAGUCAAAUCUCGUAUUGAUGCUUUACACUAUGUCGAAGAAUUAAUUUAUAGACUGAAGGUGGUUUGUAGAAUUACCACUUUUUCUUCUUUUCAUACAGCUUUGGAUUUUUUUAUUGAAUUUAGUCGUCAUGGGCCUUGUAUUCUUUCCCGGUCAAUAUUGCAAUUGCUUUACCUUCCUCCUUUCAAAGUAUAUUCUACUCAGUAUAAUAGAGUUUUUAAUUCUGAUUUGUGUUCGGAUCUUUUGCGUGAAGCUGCCAGAAGUUUUAUCGCUCCACCUGCCCUUAUGCCAAAAUCAAAUCUUCUUAGUAAUCCACAAGCAAAAGAAUAUGUAGAUACAUUUCUAAGUCAUUGUACGAGGCCGUUUGGAAAUUUGCUUCAACUUUGCGGUCACAACAGGGCGAGACAACGAGAUAAAUUGGCUCAUCUCCUAGAAGAUUUUGCAGCUCUACAAGAUGAAGCGGAACGAGUCGAUGCCUAUUUACAUAGUAUUUCGCUCAAAUCAGAUUCCCCAAGGCCUCAUCUAGCUUUCUUUGGAACUUGGGUACUUUACCACACGUUAAGAAUCAUGAUACUUUACCUACUCUCUGGCUUAGAGUUAGAAUUGUACAGCGUACACGAGUAUCAUUAUAUAUUUUGGUAUUUAUAUGAAUUUUUAUACGGUUGGCUAGUCUCGGCUCUUUUGAGAGCUAAUAAUGUUUUAGUUGAACUUGAUUUUUUGCCUGAUCCACAUACAAAAGGUCGCGGAUCUAAAAAAAAUAAGCCAAAGAAAAAAAAGACGCAACCUUUUGGAAAAGAAAUCACAUUAAAUCAGGCUCUGCAAAACAUGUGCGGCGGAUAUUAUAAGGCAAUGAUUGCUUUUAAAUUAGAUAGUAAAAUACCUCCAGUUCAUCCUGAAUUCGAUAAUGAACAAGUCAGAUACGAGCACAGAUUUGCUCCUUUUGCCAAUUUAUUAACGCCUCCACCGGUCAAGUACUCGGAAUUUAAAGAAAUGACUUCACUUCUACGAUACGACACAGUUCCCGACAGUUCGAAUUUAUAUUUGGGGGGCUGUAAAAAUUUUCACCAAGCUAGAAGUCUAAUGGAAUCCUUAUCGAAUCCAGAUCAAGAAGUAACGGAUUUAAUACGAAUAUGCAAAACAAAUUUUGUGGUAUUAAAAUUGUUGGCAACCGGUCAUAAGAAAGAUUCACACACGCCGCCCGAAUUCGAUUUUAGCGGUCAUCAACAUUUUCCCAUAAUCCGAUUAACUUAG